AAUGUCCUCUGAGUGUGAGGCUUCUCCAAAGGACAUGAGGGUUAGAUCCCUCCAAGAGCUAGACAUCUAUGGUUCCUCUCUCCUCUCAUCCCAAGGCAGAGGGACGCAUUCCUGCUUCUGAUCCCAGUAAUUCCCCCCUCCCUAAGUCUUUCCCUAAUUCAUGAACCAGCAGGAUGCAUCAUCUGUGCGAGCCCUCUCUGAGCGUCUCCUCAUAGCCUCGCACAAGGGUCAAGCUGAUCAUGUGGUUCAGCUCAUCAACAAAGGGGCCAAGGUAGCCAUUACCAAGAACGGCAGAACACCUCUGCAUUUGGCUGCCUAUAAGGGCCACAUUGCUGUUGUGAGGAUUCUCCUUGCAGCUGGUUGUGACCUGGAUAUUCAGGAUGAUGGUGACCAGACGGCCUUACACAGAGCGGCUGUGCUGGGAAACGCUGAUGUCAUUUCAGCUCUCAUUCAGGAAGGAUGUGCACUAGAUAGACAAGACAAGGAUGGGAACACGGCGUUACAUGAGGCUGCGUGGCACGGCUUCAGUCAGUCUGUCAAACUGCUGGUGAAGGCUGGCGCCAACGUUCACGCUAAAAACAAGGCAGGAAACACGGCUCUUCAUCUGGCGGGUCAGAACGGUCAUGCUCAAAGCUCGAAAGUCCUGCUGCUGGGUGGCUCUCAUCCCGACAGUAAGAACAGCGUAGGUGACACGUGUCUGCAUGUGUCUGCCCGAUAUAACCAUGUGAGUGUGAUCCGAGCGCUCCUGAGUGCCAUCUGCUCAGUGACUGAAAGAAAUAAUGCAGGAGACACGGCUUUACAUAUUGCAGCUGCUCUGAAUCACAGGAAGACUGUACGCAUGUUACUGGAGGCUGGGGCCGACAGCCGCAUUAACAACAAUGCGGGAGAGACGGCUCUCGAUCAGGCUCGUGAAAAUGAUAAUCCUGAAGUGGCGCUGCUGCUCACCAAAGCUCCACAGAGCUUCACUCGAGGACGCACUGUGAGGAAGAGGAGGGACAAGAUGAAGACUGAGGGCCGAGCGCAGUCAGUCCCACGUGAGGAGAUGCUGCCGAGAAAGGACAGUGUAUCUCCAGCAAAUGACACUCAUGGCAGUGAAAACUCUCUCCGCCAGAACGACAAUGUGUGCGUCACAGAGGCUCGUGCAAACAAAAACUGUGAGAAGAAAGUCAAAGAGAGGCUUUCGCCAUCAGAUGCCCUCAUUCGAAGACAAAAUAAACAGAGUGAUCAUAAGAAGAAGAGUAAAACGGAGAGAUGCUCCGCUGUUCCUCCUCCUCCUCAUAACUACAAGGCGUACCAGCUCUAUACUCUCUACAGAGGCAAAGAUGGCAAGAUCAUGCAGGCCCCAUUGAAUGGCUGCAGGUGUGAACCUCUCAUUAACAAACUGGAGAAUCAGCUCAUGGCCACAAAAGAGGAGAUGCAGUCAGAGAUUCACACUGUACAGGAGCUCAUGAACAGCAAGAUGGGCCAAAUGGAGCGCAAGAACAAACAUCAGAUCAGAGCUCUAGAUAAGAUCACUUUAGAGAGAGUGUCUGCUGAGAGGAUUGAAUGUUUACAUCGCAUUGACAAGCGAGCCAUACAAGAACGCUUGGAAGGAGAAAAAAGACAGCAGGCGUCAGUGGUCAACGAUCUCAAGAACUGGUGCCUUUCUAAGAUCCAAAGUUUGGAGACGCGUCUCUCUGGCGAUCGCAGCGCCACUAAGUUACGGCGCUCCUCGUCCCUCACCGACACGCUUUCGGGUUGUGAUCCCCGUUCCCACACAGCUGUACCGGACACAUCUGGUGCCAAAGCCUGCUACUCUCCAUCAACAAACCAACCAGAGGCCAAAGAUGGACGAGAGACUGUAGCAGCGAGCACGAGUCCUGAGGAUGCAUCAGCCGGUUACUAUGUGAUUGAGGUGGACCGCGUCUCACCGGAUAAGCAGUCAGCACAGAAUCAAUCUGCACCCCAGUCUCCUUGUAUAGUCCGACCUAAGCAACGAUCCCGGGCCUGUAGUGACCCUCACCGAGCGCAAGAUGAGCCUCUGGAGCUGAGACCUGUCCCCGAUCAGUGCUGCGAACACAGGAACCUCAAAAGACGCACCCAACAAAGAGCAAAGACCAAACACAACACUCAAACCAUGAUGAGUUUAGGAGAUCACCACACUGCUGAGGCUUCCUUCGCCCAGGAACAGGAAAACAUGCACGCGCUGGAGGUUACGCAGUACUUUUUCGAGGCAGUGACUCUGCAGAUGGAGCGCUGGUAUGAAAGGAAGAUUGAAGAAGCACGCUGGCAGGCCAACCAGAGAGCCCAGGCCGACAGAGCCGCUCUGCUGGACAGAAUAAGCUACCUUGAGGAUGAACUCAGACUGCUGAGAACUAACAAACAGGAGGAGAGCUAGUACAUAAGAGACCACUGGUGUAGAAGACACUGUAAUGUCCGAAUGAAUUGGUGAAGUUCAAUAGAGCAGCUAACACAUGAAGAUAACACUGCAGUAGUAAGCGUCAGGAGAAGUAGCAUCUAAACAGAUGUGGAGCCAAAACAUACUCUUUGUAAGUACUUUAACUUAAGCUACACAAGUUUGAUUUCAUUUGCCAGAACACAAUUCAUAAUGGAGGGCAAACGCAUUCUUAGCACUGUUGCAGGAAGCGCUAGCAUAAACUGAGGUUUGUUGCUGCCAGAGAAACACAAGAAUGCACUUUAUGUGCAGCGGGACUGCAUGCUGUCAGAGCCCGGUUCAAGAAUUUGUCUGCAUUUGCACGCUUGCGUGGGUUAUGUGUCUGGCUUUACAGACGUAACAUCAAGACAAACCGCCACUGUCAAAGAUCUGUUCAAACUCCAGGUUUAAUAAUGCACUACAAAGAUAAGUCUGUUUUGUGAAAGCAAAUUCAAAGGACAAAAAUUUUACAUAUACUGUAUUCUUAAUAUAAAGCAUUAAGAAUAAGGCAUGAACACAGCUACUCCAGUACUAGUACACAAAUUUGGUGAAAGUGACUAAAUCAUGCCAGUACUUUGGAGAUUUAGCAGAUCAUAUAAAACCAGUGAACACUGACAAAUAAAAGUAACAAAAUCCAUCACAGCAAACACUGAUAUAAGCAAGUAUUAGUUUAUUUUGUAAUGUCUUUGUAUAUGGACUUUAUUGCACAAGAUGAAAUGUCUUAACCUGUGAUGUUUAAUUGAGGACUUUGAUGUAGUCUGUAGUUGAAGUCUUAAGAACUUACAACGUAAUGUGUUUGUAACAGAUUCACAUGUGUGAAUGUUUCAUUUGGUAGAUAAGUAAUCUAAUUUAACCGUUUUUAAUCGUUCAGUUAAUAAAAUUCGGAACACAUGGGCAGGGAAAGACUCUGUCCCUUUCUAUGGUAAAUGUUUUGAGGCUGUGGUUGUGUAAAGGUUAAAGGGAUAGUUCACCCAAAAAUAAAAAUGUGAUGUUUAUCUGCUUACCCCCAGGGCC